GCAUGCGUGAAUUUAUUUUGUAAUCUACUAAUCUCUGUCUGACUUGCCAGUGGAAUAGAAACCGGACUGACGCUUCCCAGAAUGGAAAGGAGCCAGGACCAUAAGGUGGACUCUAUUCCUGCUGUGUUUGGUGUCACCCGCGAUCCUUUUAUUGUCUUUACGUCAAACAUGUUUGCCAUUGUUGGUCUUCGCUCCCUUUAUACAUUGAUUGCUUCUAGCAUGGGCGAGCUCCGGUAUCUUCAGACAUCGGUGGCUCUGGUGCUUGGCUUUAUUGGUUCCAAAAUGAUCGCAGAGUACUUGGGCGAGCAUAUUCCCACCACGGUGUCGUUGGCCGUGGUGAUGGUCACCCUGGGAACAGGAGUGCUUCUUAGCUUUAAGGACCAAGAGCAGAGCAAGGAGUUGGAGUGGGAUAUCUUCCCGGAAAUCAUCAACGACGACAACCAAGACGAGAAGGACGAGAUGCCGAAAUAGUCAAGUCGUCCGACUGUACUGUAAUCCACCCGGGAAAAAAAAAAUGAAGAAAGGCGGCAGCGACUAUGUGCCGGAGAGAGCCUGGACAUAGGUAUUUUAUAAUUUUAAUUAUUUAAAUUUAUUUUCCAAGCCUUCAGGUCUGGCCAACCAUUGCAAAAUACGUCAUUGCGAUCUUCAUGUUGGGGGCUCGGAAGGGUCGGGGACUCGAGGCGGACUGCACGUGACAAAAAGGUGGCUGGGUACAGUGGUCCAACUGGACGUAGAAAAUCUUAGCCAUCUGUUGAUGACUACCAAUCACUGAAAAUGUAUAAUGCCAAUCUCACAUGCUCUUCUGAGGGCAUAGGAUCUGCUGAUGACUACCAAUCACUGAAAAUGUAUAAUGCCAAUCUCACAUGCUCUUCUGAGGGCGUAGGAUAUAUAUUUAAUAUUUAUGGAUGAUGGACUUUUUUUUUUUUUUUUUUUUUUUUUUUUGGAUGAUGGACUUUCGCGUAGACGUAUUGUACUUCCUUUUUUUCGCUUUUGGGAUUCGAACGGAGGUCUGUAUGUCAACCGCACUCAGGGCGUACUCACACUAGCAGUAUCUCAAAUGUAUCUGACCGCGUUCACGGCCAUACCUUGAUGUAUCUGGCUGCAAUUCCGUUCAAAAAUGCAUAAAAAAAGUCCUAGUGUGAGCGUGCCCUCAGGCCUGUAUUUCAACAGGUUUCGUGCGUGUUCUACUAAGUUCCUACCGUCUUCACCCGAAUAGAACGCCCGGUCAUUAUCUAUCGCUGCAUCUGGACCGAAGUUUGUGCCAAGUACAGCUAUAAUGACCGGGCGUUCUAUUCGGGUGAAGACGGUAGUCGCUUCAGAAAUACGCACGCACUGAGAUGUCGCCUCCCACAGGCCUGGUCUUAUCGAGAGUGGUGACAUUAUCAGGUGAUGCCUUCUGCACCUAGUCCUGAAUAGCCGAAAGAUGCACAGAGAAAAGCGCACCGUGCAGUGAACCUGGCCAUAUGAAUAACUCAAAGAUGCACAGAGCAGAGCACCCUCUGGGCCUACGCUACUUUGGACUGCUUUUGUAAGUUUUGGUUUUCUUUGGCUACUUCAGCCUACUUGGACUUAUUUUUUAAGUCAUUCAUCUGGAUUCAAACUUGGGUCUGAUUCAUAUUUCAACAAUUCAUGGUUGUACCAACUGAGCCAGGUUCAUUCAACUUGGACAUUUUGGACAUAUAAUAGUUGUAGGCCACUUUGGACAUUUUUUUGGACAUAAUAGUUGUUGGCCAUUUUGGAGAUUUUGGACAUGUUGGACAUGAUAGUAUUGGACAUUUUGGACAUGAUAGUUAUUGACCAUUUUGGAGAUUUUGGACAUUUUGGACAAUCUAGUUGUUGGACAUUUUGGACAUAAUAGUUGUUGGCCAUUUUGGAGAUUUUGGACAUUUUGGACAUUCUAGUUGUUGGACAUUUUGGACAUAAUAGUUGUUGGCCAUUUGGGAGAUUUUGGACAUUUUGGACAUUUUGGACAUUCUAGUUGUUGGACAUUUUGGACAUAAUAGUUGUUGGCCAUUUUGGAGAUUUUUGGACAAUUUGGACAUUAUAGUUGUUGGACAUUUUGGACAUUCUAGUUGUUGGACAUUUUGGACAUAAUAGUUGUUGGACAUUUUGGACAUAAUAGUUGUUGGACAUUUUGGACAUAAUAGUUGUUGGCCAUUUUGGAGAUUUUGGACAUUUUGGACAUAAUAGUUGUUGGCCAUUUUGGAGAUUUUGGACAUUUUGGACAUUGUAGUUGUUGGACAUUUUGGACAUUUUGCCAUGAUUUUGAACAUUGUAGUUAUUGGCCAUUUCCGACUUUAUAGAGUCCUCCUUUCCUGCACGUUCCUGGCCUGCCAUAUUAGUUCUGUCCUUCACAUUAUAGAUGUAGAUAAUAGACAUAGAUGUAGAUCAGAUACCAGUUACAGUUCUUUCCUGCGACAUUGUUGGCCCACCUAUACAGCUCCAGAGCUCA